CUCCCGAACCGGUAUGCCGGUGGAAACAGCGAAGCCUCACCGCAUCCUCGCCUCGCGCCCAAGCCAACCAAAAUCCCGCAACACCACUCGCAAAUUUUUAAUCCGCAGCGAGUGCAUCAUUACUAGAUUCCCACUUUCUCGCUUCCUUCAAAAGCGCAGAUCCUAUCGAGCGCUUGGCAAUCCAGGAGAUGGCUCCGAAACUCUCCCAAUCCUUCCUUCUAUCGGUCCUUGUCUUCUUCCUCUCCUCGAUCCUCGCUGCGACCCAUGAAGACCCAACGAGGAGAACCAUGGAGGAGUUCUCCGGCUACCCAACUGUUCCGCUUCACUCUUUUCUUUCUCUCUCCCCCUCCUCCUUGUUCGUCGACAAGGAGAGCCUUCAGAGGCAGAUAGAUGAGCUCUCGACUUUUUCCGACACUCCUGCGCCAUCAGUGACUCGCGUCCUGUACAGCGAGAAGGAUGUCUUGGCUCGAAGAUAUAUCAAAAACCUGAUGGAGCAAGCUGGUCUCUCUGUUCGUGAGGAUGCUGUGGGUAACAUAUUUGGUCGAUGGAGUGGUUCUGAGCCAGCACUUGCGGCAGUUGCUACUGGAUCUCAUAUUGAUGCCAUUCCAUAUUCUGGAAGAUAUGAUGGGGUUGUUGGUGUUUUGGGUGCAAUAGAAGCAAUUAAUUUGCUAAAAAGGUCUGGUUUCCAGCCCAAGAAAUCAUUGGAGGUAAUUAUGUUCACAUCUGAGGAGCCUACACGUUUUGGAAUUGGUUGCUUGGGAAGUCGCUUAUUGGCAGGGAGUGAGACAUUAGCUAAUGCUCUUAAAGAAACAGUUGAUGGUCAAAAUAUUUCUUUCUUUGGCGCUGCUAAAUUUGCUGGUUACAACAUACAUGAAGAACACUUGUCAAAUGUGUUUUUGAAGAAAGGGAGUUAUUUUGCUUUUCUAGAAUUGCAUAUAGAGCAAGGCCCUAUUCUGGAAGAAGAAGGUGUUUCAAUUGGCAUUGUCACUGCAAUUGCUGCACCCGCAAGUGUCAAGGUGGAAUUUGAAGGCAAUGGAGGUCAUGCUGGGGCUGUCCUUAUGCCCACAAGAAAUGAUGCGGGACUUGCGGCGGCGGAGCUGGCACUAGCUGUUGAGAAGCAUGUGCUAGACUCUGGAUCUGUAGACACUGUAGGGACUGUUGGUAUUUUGGAGCUGCAUCCAGGAGCAAUCAACAGCAUUCCAAGCAAAUCACAUUUAGAAAUAGAUACACGAGACAUUGAUGAGAAGAGAAGAAACUCUGUAAUUGAAAAACUCCAUCAAUCUGCAAUUGAUAUAGCUAAGAAUCGCAGAGUUAAAUUAUCAGAAUUCAAAAUUAUAAAUCAGGAUCCUCCUGCCCUUUCUGAGAAAUCAAUAAUCAAUGCCAUGGAGGUUGCGGCACAACAUUUGAACCUUAGUCACAAGCUUAUGAUCAGUAGAGCCUACCAUGAUUCGCUCUUCAUGGCCAGAAUAUCGCCAAUGGGCAUGAUCUUCAUUCCAUGCUAUAAAGGUUUCAGCCAUAAGCCUGAAGAGUAUGCCUCAAUUGAUGACAUUGCAAAUGGGGUCAAGGUACUAGCCCUGACCCUAGCUAACUUAUCUCUAGACUGACGUCUCACCAUGAUAGUAUCAGCAAACGGUUGUUUAUGAAUCCAAGCUUUCGGGAGUAGGUUGAGGUUGCAUAACACCUGCAUAUAUAUGUUUAAUGGAUGCAACAAUUUAGGUUACAUUGGAAGAAGACUGUAGUACAUGGCAUGUAGCAAACUAGCAAUUUUGCAUUUCAGGUGUUACACCGAAAUCUGAGUUGCACGAUGACAGGAAUACUAGUUGGCAAUUUACAUCCAUUGGAAACUAAACUUGGUCCUUUCGAGUUAUACUUGGAUUGGUUUUGAGAUUAAAAUCCAGUAACAAAAGAAGGCAGCUUCUGGUUGAAGAAGAGUGAUGGAUAUCACGAACCUAAUCUGUAGAUCGAUGAGAAUGCUGUUCUAUAUUCCAAUGAAAGAGAUGGGAAAAAGCAUAUUCCAGGUCGCAUCACUGUGACAUCCUUGACGGAAACAGAUAGGUGCAACAUACAUGGACGUCACUCUUUUUAUGAAACAGAUAUAAUAAGCAGGCAAAUGCACGUCCACCUUGCAUUCGAUUGGAUGACAUGUAGUUUUGCGGUGUGUAGAAUCAAACUAACUUGUAUAAAUCAAAAGAUUACCGCUAUGUAUGCCCUAGCAUGUGCCCACAUGCAAAUUUUGCCAUUGAUAUAUCACCAAAAAAA